AUGGCGGCAGAUUCUCGGCGUAAACGACCCAAAUUCCAACGAACACGAUACUUCGCUGACUUGGGCGAUGGCUCCAUUCCAGAAGCCAGAGUUGCCCACUCUUCAGCUCCGGCCUCGCUCUCAAAAAGGAUUUGUUUCAUUUGCUUUGGAGAAGGACAUGACUCUGUAGGUUGUCCUAACUCUGCUAUUGCUUGCAGCGUGUGCGGGAGCAACGGUCAUGUUGGGGAUGACUGUCCUGUUUACUUAAUGGAACUCAGCCUUAGAGGGUCAUUGAGAGCGUACAUACAACAACAGUGCGAGCAAGAGCAAAGGCCUGCAGACAAAGGGAGAUUCCCCGCCCAAGAUCCUCAGUGUUCUCAAAGCAUCGAUCAAUCCAAUGACGGUAUCAGCAUCAAAAGCAUUAAAAAAUCCAACAAGGCUGCCAAACGGCUGGCACUCUCCUCAAUACAGUGUGUCGUAUGUGGGGAACUGGGUCAUGCGAACUGUAGGGAACCCCCUGCAUCCCAAGGCGCUCUGUAUUGCCCUAGCUGCUCAAACACAGGCCACAGGGUCACAGACUGCCCCCGCCGAACAGCUUGUAGGCAGCAAGGAAUAAGUGGUGACAUUUGGGCAGAGGCGGCAGCGGCGUGGGCUACCCGAAAGGACGAACGGGGCAUCUCCAGGGCCCGCGGAGCAGAAUCUCUCAAACCAAAGCCCAGGUGGCAGAAACACCGAGCGGCUUUUAUUGCCAAGGCAGCUGCAGCAGACCCCUGGCAUCCAUCCCACCUCCGUUAG